AUGACAUGCUUGGGUACAGGUCAUAUCCAAGGCGCCAUUAAUGUCCAGAUUCCAUCCCUUCUCUUGCGUCGCAUGCAGCGGGCGUUGGCCAAUCAACCGGAGAUGUUGGAUACCAUGGACGUGGUGAGUUUCAUUCAUUUGCCAAGCAAUAUCAAACAUUAUCGGUCGCUCUACGAGACACAGCGUACACAUUCCGCUGCGGCAUCCGUGCCGCAGGACACCCUCGAGGCCCUGAUGCGGGCGUAUUGGUUCCUCGAUGUACUCGUGCUGUACGAAGACGAUACCUCAGCUUUGGCAGGGCAUUUGCUUCUCAAACUUAUCGCGGCAUUGCGAACGCGUGUAGCUUCCCUGGCCUCCCAAAGUCCACAAGUAGCCGAAGCACGGCAUGGACUGUACUACGUUCCGGGUGGCAUGCGUACACUCCGUGAAACCCCUGAAAGUUUAGCGUGGUUCCGCGUUCUGGACGCUGAACCUAGUCAAGAGGACGAAGAUACAUCCAUCAUCGCGACACCAGGGCCAGUAGAUGCUACGUCGUCGUUCCUGUCAUCUUUUGCUACGAGUACACAAGAAAAAAUGCCAAGUCCACUGCGGCUUUUAUCCAGCCAUCGUCCUUCCCUACCGCGGCUACGUACGUCUUCUGGGCCUGCACCGCCUUUGCCCCUCGUGGCUCGGCGCCAUACGACCCGCGAAGGAUCAAGGAUGUCGAAGGCAUCUCAUUUGCAUGUGGCUACCACGGCUAUGCCAACCAUGACGCGUUUUAGCGAUGGUGCAUUGUUCGACGAGCCACAAAGUGCACGUGAGAUAUACGAUGUACUUACGUUCGAUGUAUCGACCAUUAUUCCUAAUGAGCUGUACCUUGGCCCAGACAUCCAGACACCUGAUAACGUCAUGGUGCUUCGUACGCUUGGUGUACGUGCUAUUAUCAAUACGGCGCAGGAAGUCGAAGAUGGUGGUACGCCUGAAUUGCAACUACGUCAACAAUUCGAAGAAUACUUGUACCUGCCUAUGCAUGACUCGGUGGAAGCAGACGGCGUCCAAACAGCCCUAAAUCAGGCUUGUUCGUUUCUUGACAUUAUGCACGAGCGCGGCCUGCCCACGUAUGUCCACUGCCGUGCAGGCAAGUCACGUAGUGCCAUGAUCGUGAUGGCCUACCUCAUGCAUCAGCGCCGCUGGCGUCUGCAACAGGCCUAUGCAUAUGUCACGACAUGUCGGCCUGAUGCAUCGCCCAACAUCGGAUUCAUUGCAGAGCUCAUGCACUUUGAACGUACACAGCAUCCCAUCCAUCAACAACACGAUGCCCUACCAUCGGCCACGGCGCGCAGUGUUUCUUUGCCGCCUCCUAUGUAG